AUGCAUUCCGUUACCUUAGUCUCUAACAAACUAUACCAAAUUAUUCUCACCAAUAUGGGCAUAGGUAAAGGUUGGGCACACCCGGUUCAUAUGCACGGCCAUAGUUUCGACGUGGUAAAAAUGGGCUACAGUACGUACGAUAAAGAAACUGGUAAAAUUCUAGAGGAGAACAUGGACAUAGAUUGUGGGGGCGAUACGAUUAUCGUGCCAUCUGGUGGUUAUGUCGUAUUAAGAAUCAUGGCCGAUAACCCUGGAAUAUGGUUCAUGCAUUGUCACAUAGAACUUCAUAAUCAUAACGGAAUGGCUUUACUGCUGAACGAAUCGUUUCACGAGCAACCCAUGCCUCCGGCUGGAUUUCCCACUUGUGGAAGUUACAACGGUGAUGAAGUCAAUGGUGUUGACAGACAGGGUAGGUAA